UCGCCAGCACCUCACAGGUCUCUUCCCGAGCAGUGCGCUGCUGGAGCCAAGAGCAGCUCACGAAUCAGCUGCAGGUCCCCGUUUUGAAAAGCAGAGAUACAGAGGCAGAGGAAAAGGGUGGACUCCUGUGUGACCUGGUCUCAGAGCAAGACAAUCACCAGCUGAAUUCCAGAAGCCCUGUUCAUGUUCGGGGAUAUUUUUUCGACUGCAUGGAAUCAGAGAGAAGCCAAAGGAUGGGAAAUGCCUGCAUCCCCCUGAAAAGAAUUGCUUAUUUCCUAUGUCUCUUAUCUGCGCUUUUGCUGACUGAGGGGAAGAAACCAGCGAAGCCAAAAUGCCCUGCCGUGUGUACUUGUACCAAAGAUAAUGCUUUAUGUGAGAAUGCCAGAUCCAUUCCACGCACCGUUCCUCCUGAUGUUAUCUCAUUAUCCUUUGUGAGAUCUGGUUUUACUGAAAUCUCAGAAGGGAGUUUUUUAUUCACACCAUCGCUGCAGCUCUUAUUAUUCACAUCGAACUCCUUUGAUGUGAUCAGUGAUGAUGCUUUUAUUGGUCUUCCACAUCUAGAGUAUUUAUUCAUAGAAAACAACAACAUCAAGUCCAUUUCAAGACAUACUUUCCGGGGACUAAAGUCUUUAAUUCACCUGAGCCUUGCAAACAACAAUCUCCAGACACUCCCAAAAGAUAUUUUCAAAGGCCUGGAUUCUUUAACAAAUGUGGACCUGAGAGGGAAUUCAUUUAAUUGUGAUUGUAAACUGAAGUGGCUGGUAGAAUGGCUGGGCCACACCAAUGCAACUGUUGAAGACAUCUACUGUGAAGGCCCCCCAGAAUACAAAAAACGCAAAAUCAAUAGUCUCUCUCCCAAGGAUUUUGAUUGCAUUAUUACAGAAUUUGCAAAGUCUCAAGACCUGCCUUAUCAAUCACUGUCCAUAGAUACUUUUUCUUAUAUGAAUGAUGAGUAUGUAGUCAUUGCUCAGCCUUUUACUGGAAAGUGCAUUUUCCUUGAAUGGGACCACGUAGAAAAGACCUUCCGAAAUUAUGACAACAUUACAGGCACGUCCACUGUAGUGUGCAAGCCUAUAGUCAUUGAAACUCAGCUCUAUGUUAUUGUGGCCCAGCUGUUUGGCGGCUCUCACAUCUAUAAGCGAGACAGUUUUGCAAAUAAAUUUAUAAAAAUCCAGGAUAUUGAAAUUCUCAAAAUCCGAAAACCCAAUGACAUUGAAACAUUCAAGAUUGAAAACAACUGGUACUUUGUUGUUGCUGACAGUUCAAAAGCUGGUUUUACUACCAUUUAUAAAUGGAAUGGAAAUGGAUUCUACUCCCAUCAAUCCUUACAUGCGUGGUACAGGGACACUGAUGUGGAAUAUCUAGAAAUAGCCAGAACACCUCAGACACUCAGAACGCCUCAUUUAAUCCUGUCUAGUAGUUCCCAGCGUCCUGUAAUUUAUCAGUGGAACAAAGCAACACAAUUAUUCACUAACCAAACUGACAUCCCUAACAUGGAGGAUGUAUAUGCUGUUAAGCACUUCUCCGUGAAAGGUGACGUGUACAUUUGCUUGACAAGAUUCAUUGGUGAUUCCAAAGUAAUGAAAUGGGGAGGUUCCUCAUUUCAGGAUAUUCAGAGGAUGCCAUCACGAGGAUCCAUGGUGUUCCAGCCUCUUCAGAUAAAUAACUACCAAUAUGCAAUUCUUGGAAGUGAUUAUUCCUUUACUCAAGUGUAUAACUGGGAUGCAGAGAAAGCCAAAUUUGUGAAAUUUCAGGAAUUAAAUGUUCAGGCGCCGAGAUCAUUCACGCAUGUGUCCAUUAAUAAGCGUAAUUUUCUUUUUGCUUCCAGUUUUAAGGGAAAUACACAGAUUUACAAACAUGUCAUAGUUGACUUAAGCGCAUGACACACCAAAUUCUGUGGCUGCCAUCAGAAACUUUCUACAGUACAUGAUCCGGAUGAACUCAAUGCAUGAUGACUCUUCUUAUCACACUUGCAAAUGAAUGCCUUUCAAACAUUGAGACUACUAGAACCAAGCACUACCAGUAUCUCCAUCCCUAACUGUCCAGUCCAGUGGUGUGGGAAGUGACCUUUUAUAAGACAAAAUUGAAUUGUGUGACUGUUCUUUGCAGUGAAGAUGUGUAAAUAAGUGUUUAAUGGUAUCUGUUACUCCAAAAAGAAAUAUUAAUAUGUACUUUUCCAUUUAUUUAUUCAUGUGUUCAGAAACAACUGCCAAAUAAAAUGUUUACAUUUUCUUUCAUAUCCCAAAGGUAAUUAUUUAUGGUUGUUUUAUUCUUGGUGAUGGUAUGUUGAGGAAAUAGUAUUAUACAACAGGGUUAUGUUUAGAUCAAGAGCUCAUGGUAUGAAUAAGGAGUGAAAAUGAAACACUAAUAAACACCAAGAUUUAUGAACAGGUUUUUUGGCUGAUUUGGAACAUGUAAGGGUGUUUCCAAAGGUCAUAGCUUUUAAGAACAUUUUGUGGUGAAAUAGUGACAAAUUUAAAGUAGGAUAGAGAAAUUUGCUUAUUACAAAUUGGAAGGGAAGACUAAUUGGAAAUAAAGACUAGUAAGGCCAGCAUCCUUUUCCUAUCUGAUAGCUCUAGCUAAAAAAAAUAUAUUCAAAAAACUUAUUAAAGAAGUGAAAGUCAAGAUUUUGAAUUUUAAAAACCGUAUUUAGGGACUUUCUAAGUGUCUGAACCUAGAAUCAUCUAAGAGCUGAUUGAGAUUGUAACCUUAUACUACUUGCCUCAAAUUCACCCUAUAUGGAGGCCUCCUAACCUGAUUAAGGAUGCUUCACUUCUAGACAUCAGUUCGGAUCUUAUUGACAUGUUGCAGAGUACCCAGGAGGCUCAUAAUUGAUUUCUAAACUCCUGCUCCUGGAUCACAUGGAUUGUUAGCACCUAGCACAAUGCCUAUGAUAGGGUAGGCUCUCAAAACUGCUUUUGAAGAUGCAUGUGUGUCCUCCUGAUACAAUAUAAUAAUAAACUUCUAAGUCCCUCUGAUCUAAUCAGUCCCAUUUAUUGAGUACCUGUUCAGAAUGGGGUAUUGUUCUUGUGGUGUUGGGGAGAAGAAUUGAGGAGAAUAGGACAUGGCCCUUACCCUCUGGGGCCUUAGAUUAAUUGGAGGGUUAGGACACAGAAACCUACAGAGUAAGCUGUAAGUGCCAACCAUCAUCUGAACAUUCUGAUUAUAAAAAUCCUGGGAGUAUCAAAGAUGAGUUCCUGGAGGAAGUGGUCCUUGUUUGAACUUAAAGGGGACAUAUGGCUUCAAAAGGGGAUCACGGCGGAGAAGAUACUCAUGGCAUGAAUUGGUUCUGUGUGAAUCAGAGCUUCCUCCAGCUUUUUAUUCCCCACAAUCCUUUGCCAAAUGAAUGGGUGGGGGAGGAAGGCAGACAUCAACCCCACUGCCAGCAUAUACUGGGCAAAGUUGAAGCACCAAAGGUACGCACAAUGGUUACACAUUUUCCAAGAAGCAAUACCUCAGGAAGUUAUACAUAGGAAACAAAUUCCUUUACCACGUGAGGAAGAUAUUAACUGACACUAGAGUUAUGGGUGAUAAGAAGUCUUACCUAUUCCUGAUCUUGAGCCCAGGGAGAACUGGCUUUUGGAUUUCUUUAUUUUUUUCAGUUCCCUUUUUCUAUAAGUGGCAUAUAUGCUGUUGAAGAACACCUGCUUUGUACAGACUGGAUUUAAGUCCAGUCUUGCCAUGUCCUGGCUUUGUCUACAGGCAAGUUACUGAAGUCCUCUGAAUAUCAGUUUCUUUAUCUGUAAAGGGACAAUAAUGCCUACUCCAAGUACAGUGGAAGGAUUAAAUGAGAUAAUAUGCAUUUGGUGGAUUGAAUUUUCUAAAUAUGGCCACAAUAUUUUCUAAUCUACAUGUUCUAUGAGA